GUUUCGUUCCUAAGAAACAAUUUCAAGCUAUGAUGAAUUUGAAUGCUGCUUUCUCAGUGUUUUCGAACUCUACUUGCUGAACAGUUGGUUUCCUCAAUUCAGCCUUUAAAUUGGAACUAGUUCUCCGUCAGGGAUAUACAGGAAAUAAAGUACUGAAAAAUUUAACUUUUUCCUUGAUCCUGCUGUUUCUUUAAAAUGGCGUGGAGAAGAGCGAAGACUGGAUUAUGUCGCUUCAUUCUUUGGCUUGUCAUCGUUUCCGCCGGUGGAGUUGUUAUUUUUAACAUGGUUUUCGUCCUUCCAAUUACUUCUGAACUCUCCCUAUUGCCACACAAAAUAGAGGAACCUAGAGAGAAAUUAACGCGGUCUGCAACUUUAGACGACAGAAAGAGGCAAUAUAUAGCUGGAAAGCCAAGUGGUAAGCAGUAAACGUUAAUGUGUUUAAAGUUUAUGUUAAUGCCGGGUAAAACAAGAUCAUGUACUGAGAGAGUUUUAAAAAGUUUUAUAUACCAGUAAACCGAUUUAUAUCAAUGUGCAUACCGUUUUAAUCGUACUGCGUUCAUGAUACAUCGUUUACAAAAUAUAUAUGCAUGUACCCAAGGGCAAUAUUUAUGACCAGUUUUAGUUAUUCAAAGUCUUACGUGAAUGAAAAAGGAGCUGUGGAUACUAUUUCUUAGUAAAACAAAAUGCACUGUAAAAUUUAGCCGAUCGAAGGGUACGGCGUAGCUUAGCAGGCUAACAGAAGGCGGUUCGACAAAAAGAAAAAUAUCACUUUCAGCGGAGCAGAGAAAAGACAGGAGAGAAGAUUUAUUACUUUUGAAACUGAAUAGAAAAAUAGACGAUGGCUUACGGUACUUCCUACGAUAAUUCUUUUGUCUGACAGACUAUUUAUGCUUUGAUUGGCUGACAAGAGUAAAAGUUGUUGAAACCAGCUAUCCGUAAUUAUGUCAAUUAUAAGCGGCCUUUGUAAGGUCUUGUAAGAUCUCUCUUAUUCAAACAAGUCUACAAGCAUUGCAAGGCCAAGGAGGAACGUCUGAACUGGCUCGCAGACUAAAUUCAAUAGGUAUUAAAAACUGCCGGUUACACUAGAGAUCGAUGAAUUAGAUAGGACGCUUUGGCAUGCAUUCCUUGGGCCAUUUCAGAGUUCGAAAACGCACACUUUUAUAAAUUAAUAAUACAUUACUGUUCAUCUUCUACAGGAGCAAGGUACUUGGAACUAGAAAUAUAUGCCAGCAAGGAAAACGUUACCCUUACAUUAAAUGGAAAAACGGUCAGUAGCGGUAAACAAACCUUACCGAAACUUUUUCCAUGGUUACAUUAUAAGAUUUAGACUGAAGAUCCAGAAGUUAAAAUCAUCUUGUAUAGCACAAUAACGGCAUCGCAGAAACGUUCUGCUCAGUAGCUUUCAUUUGAAUGGUCACACCAUAGGAUUUCAUCCAGAGACUCAAAAGUUAGAACCACCUUGUACAGCAUAAUAAACACUACCACAGGAAAGUACUGCUCAGUAGCUUUCAUUUGAAUGGCCACACCAUGGAAUUUCAUCCACAGACUCAAAAGUUAGAACCACCUUGUACAACAUAUAUGACAGACAUAAUAAACAGCACGUAUACCUCGUAUACCACAAGAAAGCACCGCUCAAUAGCUUUCAAAAGUAACAACCUUGGCUCCAUAACUAACCCUCGAAGCGAAGUGAUUAAUAAAUAAGUGUCAUUUGAAUCACGUGAUAAUAUUAUUUGUUUUGCUUUUGGUAGAGAGUGGACCAAUCUGAAAUGUUAAUACGAGGACUAAACGUGGUGGUCUUAAAUGAAGUAACAGGUGACGUCAUGUCCUCGCGAUGGUAUGAUACUUACGAAUCUAAAGCGGACAGCGAUUUCCUAGUUAAUCAUCUAAAAGGCCUCAGGCGGGGAAGGAUAAUCUGCUUUGCUAUCAAGGUAUUUAUGAUAACUGUAUUCCUUUUAAAGAUUGCUUUUUCUUCUUCUUCUUCAAAGUAAGAUGCAGCUUAAGCAAGAAAGUUUGGCUACAUUAUGUAUGACAAACUGACAACACCUACAGCGGUCAAACAUACAGCGCAUGCGUUGUUACAACUAUAAAAAAAUAUAUUGCUGUUCAAUCUCGUUCCCUGAGUACGCGUCACGGUAACGCGGACUCUGGGAUGGAUAUUGGACGUUCCGCGGGACAAUAGUAAUGCGGACUAUGGGAACGAGAUUGAUUGCUGUCUCGAACUCCAUUCUCGACCACAGAGAAUGCAUGACUCAGGCGCGGAGUCAAAAGCGUGAGCUCUGGUCGAGAAUGUCUUGAAGUCAUUCUAGUUCCCAGAGCCGCCAUCCUUUUGAGAGCACCACCGGCCAAAAGAAUCGCAGCUCUGCAAAAGAAAAUGUGUCGAGUGUAUCUCUACCGCGUCUUGCAAUCUUCAAAUCGAGAGCUUGUCCGCCGCCCGUUAAUCAAGGAUAUGCGAAGUCACGCGAAACUGCAAAUCAAGGAGGCAAACAAGGCAUACGCUUGUGCUCAAAGACCCCCCGUCAGAUCAAACCAUCGGGUUCCAAUACAUGCAGUUAACCUUUAGUUACAUUUCCGUUAACCUUAGGAUGAUGCAGUUAUGCAACUUUCAAAGGAAGCUAAGGACUAUAUAGCAACCAUCGGCAGUUCUUUUAUAAACCGACUUCAGUUCCGCUCCACGUGGGCAUUUGUUGUUCAGCGAAUAAAUGAUAAGCUUUUUGUACACGCUGAGAGCUUCCAGAAUCCUUCAUCGGGAGACGAGUGGGCAAGAGCAGUGAAGCUUCGAACUUGGGUAAAGCUGCUACCAGAAACUAACGAGAAGUGCAACUGGGCAGAUACGGUAGCUAACAGAAGGAGACAAGAAUUCUGUGACGUGUAUGAAGGUUAUGGCGACGUUUGUAAAUGUAAGUAUUCGUGUACACCCUGAGGGAGUAGUUGAUACAUUUAGGGUGGAGGUAUAUGGUACCUGUGUCUCUAGCAACUUUAAUUCAAUCCAUCUUCUAGAAAAAUCGUAGAAAUCGUAGCCCUGAGACACAGAUGUCUUUGAGUGCCUAGCUCUAUUCCUACUGGAAAACGCCAGCCUAGUGUUUUAACGUUGUGCUCUCGAACCCAUGUUCAUAUGGAAUAUUUUUGGGGUUGCCUUGCCCAGAAAGUCUAGCAGCCGUUACGAGCACUACAGUAGAUAGUCUAGAUACAGGCAAGAGGAAGACCUACCACUGUUUUGUGUCAACAAGCGAGCUGAUUAGUGUAUUCUGUUCCAAUUCAGGCGAAGAACCAGUAACUAUAGAACUCAAUCCACCUCCCUUCACAGACGGAAGUCGACUACAACUGCCUAUAGCCGUCAUGGCAAGCAACAGACCAUAUUACCUACUGCGCAUGCUUCGGGGCCUGCAAAAAGUAGAGGGACUGGACCCGAGUACAAUGACGGUGUUUAUUGAUGGGUUUUGGGACGAACCAGCGGCAGUAACCAGGCUCAUGGGGCUCAAACUGCAGCAACACGCUGGCGUAAGCCAGCGGAACGCCAGGGUGGCACAGGUAACUCGUUCAUACGUAGCAUCUACUUUAUGUUUGACAAGCAAGAGUUCAAGCUCGUCUCUAGAGUCCUUAGACCUUUUGAUGAGUGGUUGGUCGUUCGCUCUCUGAGAGACGACAAAAUAUUACCGGUAAAGAAAGAUUGAAUGUUCUUCAUUUGUCCAAUGAUUCGCUUUUACGUGGGUUCCUGACAUAAUAUAUAUUACUACUGAUCUAGCACUUGUCUACAACUAAUUUAGGUAGGGUUGUCCACGCCACUGCAAACCAAUGUAAAACGAGCUGCCAAAUAAGAAAAAUGUUCUUGCAACCAGGCUACAGUGACGUGGGGCCCCUGAGCCAGUUUACCAUGGCUUUUGAGGGACUUCACGACCACUGUUUUCAUUCCUUCACAGCACCUUAUUCACCAUCGCUCCCCUUAUCAAUCGGUCUGUUUUUCUUUCAGCAUUACAAAAGGUCCAUCCACGAUUCUUUUGAGCAGCAUCCUAACGCAAACUACUUGGUGAUUCUUGAGGAGGACUUGGAUGUGUCCAUAGACAUUCUUAGCUACUUCAAACAGCUUCUACCGGUGUACGAAAAAGAUGCUAGUGUCUAUUGCAUAUCGGCCUGGAAUGAUCAGGUAUGGCAUCCCUCAUGUGUUUAGUGCGCUUUAUACGACACGUCAAGUUCCAAGAGUGACCAACAUCAAUUUUCUUUUCUGUUGUGAUCGACCUCCUUCCCACCGGCGUUUUGUUUGACUCACCAGGGCUAUGAACACCUUUGCAACGAUCCCGCCAUGAUGUACAGAGUGGAGACUAUGCCAGGAUUGGGGUGGUAUGUAGUGUUUCAAUCCUUUAAGCAUAGGACGUACGCACGUGCAGAAUGGCAUAUUUGACUCAAUUCUCGAUACCAGCUCUCCUCAAUCCGAUGAUAAACAAGAUGGCGGACGCGUCGUCCGCCAUAUUGCUUUUGAUAUGUUCGCAUGAGGUCUGGGUCAAAGUGACCUAUGAUCGGUCCACGGCCUUGUUCUUAUGCUUGUGCUUAUGUCGACCCAGUUUUCACUAGUCAAAGCUACGACAUAAGCAUAAGCACCAGCACAAGAAGAACGAACUUGUCCGUUUUUCUUGUGUUUGUGCUUAUACUUAUGCUUAUCCGCCAGUGAAAACCGGGCUUUAAGCCUAAACGGAGAUCACCAGCGACUCUUCUAUUGCAGUGCUAUAGCUUAAUCAGCUAAUCGAAGAUAUGAUAAGAAUCAGUGAACGAACAGCUGAAGAAUAUUAGCUUUGUUAUUCUGAUAAAUUAGAUUGGCCUUUAUUUCAUGCUAUGUAAAAACAAGGCUGAUUCCAGCUCGGUGUGGAUAUUUCUUGAUGUCUUGUAAUUAAUAACAUAUUUAAUAGACAUCAUGAAUGGUCAACCAAUGUUCAGGUUUUAACUCAUCUGUUGCUUAGGAGCUCGUAGAUGAAAAAGACAGCUAUCUUAGUCCCUCACUAAGCUAGCCUCCCACGCAGGCGCUUUUAGGGGAGCUCGCAUUUCUUCUCUCCCACAAACGCCUGCUCAACCGGGAACAACAUUCCUUUCCCACGCUUAGCCAAUCACGUUGUACUUUCCAAAUUCUAGAAAGCUGACCUUGACCUCAGGGUAACCCGAUAAUUACGCGAUCUGCAUGAAACUUUGAGAAACCUUCAUGACCUAAUAAAUGUUAGACUCACAGCGGCAAAAGUAAGAUUUACUCAGUCAGAUUUUAGAAUUCUCCGUGCACUGCAUACUGCCUUAGCGAAGGAAAGAAAAGAAAGAAAAAGGUAACUAUUGGGUCACGUUCUAGGUCACGUUUUUACACUAUCACGAGCUUGUGAGUCGUGUUUAGCCUGUCAACACUUUCUUUCUCGACUGUUGAUUGGUCACUUACCACGCGAAUAUAACAAUAGGAAAGGAAUGUUGUCCUUAGUUGAGUAGGCGUUUGCGGGGAGGGAAGAAAUACGAGCUCCCCUAAAAACGCCUGCUUGGGAGGCUAUCGCUAAGAAUGCAAGCGUCGCGCUCAGGGUAAUCACGUGAUGAAACGCUGCUGAUUCAUGAGAACGUGGACUCUGAUGAUAACAGAGCUGACCAUAAACCUAUGAAAUCCGGUUUCAGGGUUUUGAGUCGUAAACUAUUCAAGAACGAACUAGAGGAGAAGUGGCCAAAACCACACGAGAUCGUAGACUGGGACAUGUGGACAAGAAUGCCAUCCAACAGGAAAGAACGAGAAUGUAUUAUACCUGAUAUAUCACGGACCUACCACUUUGGCGGGAAGGGGAUCAAUGUGGGCGGGCUUAUGCAGGCGCUCUACUUUGAAAAACACGCCAUCAAUCAAGAGGCUCACGUUAAAAUGGAUCCGGAUAAAAUGUAUAAAGAAAACUACGAGAAGGAGAUUCACCAUCUUUUGAGGUGAGCAUAAGAUAACAUCUAUUUUAAGGACUAGUUUGGUCGAUCUUUAUAAAUAGAUGAAGAGAGGGUCGUGGAUGAGAGGACAACAGACCUGCCCUCUUACAAUACAUUUUAACAUGUGAAAAGUAAGCUCGGACGUCAGCAUACAAAAGCGCCACUGGCAACCGCUCUCAGUCCAUUUAUACUGUACCCACCCAACCCAUGAUGUGAUGUGUGAAGGUUGACCACAACACCGGGGUCUACUCUUUUCGAACAGUGAUGUGGUUUCUUUUACAUCCCACAAGAACCAGAUAAGUGUAAGUACUGUGAGACGGGACCUACGGUUUUUCGUCCUUAUCCGAGAAGACUAGACAGUCUAAGCCUUUGCAGACGUCAUUACAAAGGCAGCACUUUCUUCUCAGUUAUUUAAAGACCCUGAGUGUUGGUCCAGCCUGGGCUCGAACCCGUGACCUUCCGCUCAGCAGAAAGGCGUUCUGCCAACUGAGCUAACCAGGCGGCGGUUAAAUGAUUUAAAUGAAAUGUGCUUCUGCUACUGAGGAGGAAAAAAACGCAAAAAUUAGCCCUGAAAAAUGCUAGAAUAAAUUGAAUAAUUCACCAUUAAAGUUUGCGCAAUUGAGAAGAUAUCUGUGACCGGGCACAAACUACAAACUUCACACCCAACCCACCCCUCCUCCCGAUUAAGGCCCUACGUCACAACACUCAUCCAACGCAUGCGCACACCCAUAUCACUAAGAGGGGAGAAACAGGAGUUUUACAUCGGUUGCGUCCACUCUUGUGCACAUCAUUAAGCUAAUCAUUUACACCUUUCGUGGCUGUCACACCAAAUUUUCUAGUAAACUUCAAGUAUUGUACAUUCCUUACACUCAAUCUGGCCUUAAGUGGCAGCAACUUUAGUUUCAAGUUAAUUUAAUGAAAUAUAAUUCUUUCAGGGUUUCUGACAACCUAAAAAUAACAAUUAUAUCUUUAAAUUUGUUUUCACAGCGAGGCCAAAGUCCUAAAUCAUACCAAAACACCAUGCGCAAACAAGGAUGACUUCAUUCCAGAUACUCAUGGCAAACUAUAUGUGUUUUACAUCUCCAUGGAAUUUCCUGGCGACUUCAAGACUUGGCAAAGCAUGGCCUCCUGUCUUCGAAUGUGGGAUUUGGAUGCACGAGGAUUCCACAAAAGUAUGUGGCGAUUUUGGCUGAAGAAAAAUCACGUUCUAGUUAUUGGUUGUCCUGCGUCGGUGUAUUGCUCUUAUAAACCGGCCGAAAUAAAGCCAUUAUAUAUUCCAAGGAUUCCACCUGUGCCAAGAUGACGACUUUGAAAAUGGAGAUUCUUUAUUUCAUCCCCUAAAAUUUUUUACUUGCUUUACUUGUUUACGUUGAUUAUGCAAGGCCUACCGUUGGUCCACUUGGACCGUAUGACCUGUUACAUCUUGAAAGUUAAACCGUCUUCAACAAGAGAAACGGUUGCGACUGACAUUGGUCUGCGCAUAGCAUCUGAAAACCACCAUGUGUUACCAAGGCCUCAGAAAGAACUGAAUCGAAACCCUUUUUAAAUUAUUGUUGUGGUUCAUAUUUAAUUUAAAACCCACCAAUAAACUAUCAACACCGGAGUGCAUUAUAGGCAGAUUCUACACAGAACAAAAAACACAAAAUGCGCGUCUCUAUGAAUACUUUAAUCCAAGUGCCAAAUGUCGUUUGAGAUCCAUAAUCAAAUUCA